GGAAGAACUAACUGGCGUCGAAGCCGCAGCGAUUGAACCAUUGAAUGAACCAACUUUGCUCGCUGACGAUGAUAGGACACAGGUUAGUUUACGUUAUUUUCACCAGCUGUUUCAGUAACAAAUAACUGUAUACUUGCAGACCUGUAUUUACGAAACAACUUCCUGUUAAUUUCAGUGGUGUAGCUGCAAAAGCACGUGCAGCAAGCGAAGCGGCAGAAAGAAGCGAGGUUGCCCAUGCCGGGAUGAAGGUGUGAAAUGCACACAAAAAUGUUCAUUUGGAACUAAAACGCCUAAAGGCAAAAGCAAGCCACAGGGACAGGGAACAGCUGCUUUUGCAAGUGCUGAAGAAAACGCAUUUGAACGUCACCAAAUUGCAGUGAACGAAGCAAAACAACAGAUUACGGUGAGCACAUGCAUUUUUUAUCUCAGAGUUACAAUAUUGUAAGAUUUCUCAGAAGCGUAAAGUGUCUGAAUAGUUAUGAAGCAUAUGAAUUUUUUACGGCAAUCGAACUCGCAACGUUGUGAAGUCACAGUUGAUAUGCCUGUAUGAUAGUGCAAUCUAUUUUACUUAUAGCUUUAGUAGCUUCAAAAAUGCUGCAGUUGUUCGUUUUGUACUGGAAGAAACACAUUUUCAACCGAUAUUUUUUGUUAUAAGCGCCGGUUGCCUGGUUUUAUUUUAUUACAGAUGUUCUCGCAGUAUGUAUGUUCAAAUAUGAUCUGCAUACUGAAUACGUUUAUACCUUUGAACCUGGGAUAUAGUUUUGGAAUAUUAAUAUAUAAGUUACUGACCGAGAGCGAGGGCAGUACGGGAAAAUAUCCAACCGAGGUCUUGCUGUAUUGACCUAGCGAUAGCGAGGUCAAUACAACAAGACCGAGGUUGGAUAUUUUCCCGUACUGCCCGAACGGUUGAGGUCAGUAAGUUUUUUAUUAUAUGGCAUUGUACGUUUGUAAAAAAUGGAAAAAAAGAUCACACGAGGGCAAAGUACAAAGUCCGAAACAUUUGCAAAAAAGAACAAUUGUAAAAAAUGUUCUCUUGGUUAGUAAAACUACUCCACAGCACUUUAUAUAUAGAAUACUAACAUAGUUUGGAUAGUAUUUCAAGAAAAACCCCCAGGUAUUUCGUCAUUUAAUCAAAGACAAAGACAAUUACAAAUAUGAAAACAAUAAAAUUAAUAAACAGUAUGGACAAGUACGUUUUUAGUUCGCUUCAUCUCACAAAUAUGUCUGUUUUUAUCGAACAAAAACAGAAAUUUUCAGGAAAAAAUAUAAAUCUGUGGCUGAUUUAGUUGUAUUUUUUAUUUAGGAUGGUGUCAAAUUCCUCGGCUAUCUGCAAAUAAAAUUUGCAGCUCUUCACAAAGUCAAAAUACAGCUAUUCCUAUAAACUGGUUUAAUAGUUAUAAACAUUGUAAAAUUUACCUUGUAAUUUCGACUUUCGCUAACAAAAACUUAUUGAGAACGUUCUUUAACCACAGAAGGUGCUCCUUUUCUUUAGUUUAGGUUUAUUUUUCUUCGUUUUGAAUAGUUUGAAAGACUUUUAAACUCUUUUUGCCGUUUGAAACUCGGCUCUCGUCGCAGGGCAAUAAAAUUUGCGUAUUGCCCGUGGGCAAUACGGGAAAAUCCUGCCUCGUCAGCAGCCAAUCAAAUUGCACGAUUCAUCAAAACAAAUGCUUGGCAUAUAAUAAAGUAUUAUUUCAGUAAGAAAUAUAACAGCUUAUUUGAUUGUAUGAAACCUGGUAUAGAAGAACUUCUAUCCAUUUAAUUUAUGGAAAAAUAUGUAAUCAUGCAAACAAAAUGCAAACAUUGUUUUCUAAUUUCCAGGAAUUCAUCACAACAUUGACUGUUGAUCAAAAGGACAAAGACUACUUGAACUUUUGA